AUGGAGAAUCUCGUCAAGCCGCUCGCCGACGGUUUCGAGUCAAUGCGAGCACAGCAGAAAAAGACUCAGGAACAGGUGGAAGCCCUAGCACGAGAAGACGAUGAAGAUCCGUCAAUCCCGCUGACGGAACAACACCCUUCAGCUCCGGAAUUGACGAAAGCACUCGCCGACACCCGAAGAAGCCCGCUCACCCGCAGGCUCCGCCAGAUUGAACUGAACGAAAGAGUUCGACUCAAAAUCGACUCUUACACCGGCGAAGAAGACCCCAAGAAGUGGCUAACCGCGUUCAACCUCGCCAUGAGGAGGGAGAAAUACAAAUCUUACGAUGAAAGAGAGGCCAACUACUGUCAAGUAUUCGUCGAGCACAUGGCGAAAGAUGCCUUGACCUGGUUCUCUAACCUCCCUACCGAGUCGAUCGAUAACUUCGACGACCUAACCAAUGCUUUUCUAAAGCACUACUCCAUGCACAUGACCCGAAUCACUCGGAACAUGUUCACCACGACGCAAACCCAAGGCGAACCCUUGCGCAGCUUCAUGGAAAGGUUCAAACAAGCAGCCGUGACACUGGCGACAUGCCCGAUAGCGUCCCGCUGGAAGCACUCCGCAACGGCCUCUGGUAUGACUCCAAGUUUAAGGAGGAUUUGUCACUAA